CUUGCUUAACCAGGAAGUCUCUUCAUGUCUUGUGCAGCAAAAGAAGGUACAGACGUGCACACAUUGAAAAAAGAUGGAGAUGUAGAAAAUACAAGUGCCUGAACCAAAUAUCUACAAAGGAAAUAAUAUCAAUAUGCAUUACUUGACAACUUGACACUGUUUUUUUUUUUUAUUGAAACUGGUUCUGAUUAAACACCUGGGCUAGUUACACUUGCUUCCUGGAUUUCAACAAUAUCAACACAGAAAAGAAAAUGUCUCCACUUCCUCCUGGAAUUCGUUGUUUCAUUUCAUUUUCAAGGGAACAGUGGUACCGCACAUUUAUACUAAUCCUGACCUUCUUGCUGUACACCAGUUUUCAUCUGUCAAGGAAACCUAUCAGCAUAGUUAAGGGUGAACUACAUAAAAACUGCUCCCGUGUAAAAAAUAUCGAACAGCACCAUUACACUACCCUGGCCAGCUCAGGUGAUGAAACAUUUUCUAAUGAAUCAUGGUGCAACUGGAAACCAUUUGAUAAGAGUAACUACAAGCAGUUACUGGGAGCAUUAGACUACUCUUUCUUGUGUGCCUAUGCAAUUGGAAUGUACUUUAGUGGAAUAAUUGGUGAACGUUUGCCCAUUAGGUAUUAUCUCACUUUUGGAAUGUUGUCCAGUGGAUUUUUUACAGCUCUGUUUGGGUUGGGCUAUUUCUAUAACAUUCAUAAUCUGAAAUUUUAUUUAUUUGCACAGAUAGCCAAUGGAUUUGUACAGACUACAGGUUGGCCGAGUGUAAUAACAUGUAUUGGCAACUGGUUUGGUAAAGGAAGGAGAGGUUUGAUAAUGGGAAUUUGGAAUUCACAUACCUCUGUUGGAAAUAUCUUAGGGUCCUUAAUCGCUGGAUACUGGGUGUCUUCAUGUUGGGGAUUAUCAUUUGUAGUGCCUGGUAUCAUCAUUGCAUUUAUGGGAAUAAUUUGCUUUUUAUUUCUUAUUGAACAUCCCAAAGAUGUUAAAUGCUAUUCACCAUCUAAUGAUAUGCAGAAAAAAUAUCUAAAUGGUAUGAAUGGGUUUAAAUCAAAUGGACAUAUAUUAAAAGCCCUUCAGCAUGAGCAGAACCAAGAUACGCAAUGUCUUCUAUCUGGUAAAGAAAAUGGCCUUAUCCCAGGUACUCAUAUUGUUGUUGUGAACACUGACACGUCGAAUGGGAAUGGGAUGUCUGCUAUUAGCUUCUUUGGUGCUUUAAGGAUACCAGGUGUCAUAGAAUUUUCCCUCUGUCUGCUAUUUGCUAAACUAGUCAGCUAUACUUUUCUCUUCUGGUUGCCACUGUACAUCAAAAAUGUGGAACAUCUGGAUGCAAAGGGAGCUGGUGAUUUAUCCACAUUGUUUGAUGUUGGUGGUAUCUUUGGUGGCAUUCUGGCAGGACUAAUAUCAGAUAAACUGAGAAAAAGAGCUUUGACUUGUGGAGUGAUGUUACUGCUUGCAGCACCAACGUUGUAUAUUUUCUCUGCUGUUAGUCAGAUGGGAUUAGGGCCAACCAUAGCUAUGCUUAUCAUUUGUGGAGCCUUGGUAAAUGGUCCUUAUGCACUAAUCACAACAGCAGUUUCAGCAGAUCUGGGCACACACAAAAGUCUAAAAGGAAAUGCCAAAGCACUUUCUACUGUUACAGCAAUAAUAGAUGGCACUGGUUCAGUAGGUGCUGCCUUGGGUCCUCUAUUAGCUGGACUUCUUGCUCCUUCAGGAUGGAACAAUGUGUUUUACAUGCUCAUGACUGCAGAUGCAUGUGCCUUACUACUUUUGAUACGUCUUAUUCUAAAGGAGCUUCAUUUUAACUGCGUAAAACAAGAAGAUUCAGCUCAAAAGACCAGAAGAUGGAAGGUUGUCUGCAUCUGUUUACUCGUUUCAUUUUCAGUGAACAUCAGGAAGGCAGGGAGAUCCAAGAUAGUCAAAGCACUCCAAAACAGAACAAAGGAACACUGAUUGCUACAGACUGAAAACAAGUGAACUCCUAGACAACUCUGACUAUGCAUCCAAUGUGAACUCCAACGAAUACAACUGGGAAGCAAUACAUUGAUUGCUAGAGUCUUCAUAUGACUUGGGAAGCAAAACAAAGCUAUGCUUAAGAAGAAACAUUGGGCAGAAAAGGACUCAGGAUAAAUUCUCAUCUGUUUUCUUCUCUCCUACACUUGCUCCAUUUGAAGAAGGAAUUUCUGUACUGUGUUCAUUCAGUACUUUCUACAUAAUUAUAUCAAAAACAAUGUAUGCAUGACUGCAAUCAUUAUUUAUAGAAGUAAGGUGAAAUGGGGUGAAGGAGUUUGGAAUUAAAACAUGCAGAUCAGAGAAUACAAGGCAUUUGCACAGUUUUAGAAUAUGCACUUUUUUGCAGAUUUUUGUACCUUUACUAGUGAUUGAUGCUCUUCUGAUUUGGUAAGUGCAGAAGGGCUUUUCUUCUAUUUGUACUAAAAACAUUGGAACUAGUCACCUUGCAGCAAUUCUGAAAAUAACAAAUUGCUCUCUGUUUGCACUACGAGUCAAGAAGCUCAGGGCAUGACUUAUUAAAGAACGUUAAAUGAAAAGACAACCAAGACAACCAGAAGAAAGUCUUGUUAUAAUUCAUCUUAUUUAAUCCAAAGUGAGGACAUUUCAUUAGAAAUUCCUAAGAACUCUGAAUAAGACUAAAAGUGCAAUAUUUUCUUGUAGUUGCAUUAUGCAGGGCUUGAGGCCACCGAAAAGCAAGUGAUACAACAAUAAACUUUCCUAUCUUUGUACUGUGUAUAGACAGUACACAUUUUCCUGUAGUCUAUCAAUGACCAUGCCUUGCCUUUUCAAGUCUUAACUGUACACAUAAGGUUUUUGAAGAUGCGUAUUUGUUUUCAGCAGUUUCACAUUUUAGUGGGCAUAGAAUAUUCAGAAAAUUAAGCAGUAAAAGGGCAACAGUGUGGUUUAAUGAUCCAAAUUAACUAGCAAAAUAUUUGUUACUGGAAAUAUUUCAUCAAACAAUUACAAAAAAAAAAAAAGCUUUGGAGUAAGAAAGACAAAAGUUUUCUCUAGUGAAUGUAUCAUUUUCUGUUAGAGAUGGAUCGGGAGGAGGAAAUAAGGUGUCAAGAUGAUGUUUUUGUACUUACAAGUUAUUACGCAUUUCAGUCACCAAAGAACUUUUUCUUAAAGCUAUUAUGUAUUUCAUUAACCAAAGAGAUUUUUAAGGAACUAUUUAAAAUUUAUUGUUGUGCAGAAGUAAAAGACCUCUUAAUCUUGGUAAAAUAUGGGUGGCUAGAAUUCACCAUAAAGAGCCACUCAGAGGAAACUUAGAAUUAUUCUUCCAUACCUAUAGACUUUAUUUAAUGCUUACAAAAUUAUGGGUGAGCUUCUUUAAUGGCUGCAAAGAAACUAUACAAAUAAUUUAUUUAAUUAUCCCUUGAAUGUGAGAAAUUCCGUGUUUUGAUUCAGUUUUUUUAAGUUGUCUUAAGAACAUUGCAUGGACUUCCCUGUGAAACUACCAAAUUAUUUUGCUAAGUACUCCUGACUAAAGUAAGAAGAAAUAUUUAUUUCUAUCAGAAGAACUACUAGCUUCAUAGUUUUUCACACACAAAGACAUUAUAUCAGUGAUAAACACCUUUUAAAACUGUUACACUGCUUACAGGCCUUGCAAAAUAACAAGCUUUUUUUAUAGGUAUUUCCAGGAGAAUAAGAAAAUUGUAACUGCGUUGUAGACCAUUAUUUAAUAGUGGCUUCUGUCAUAUAGUCAAACUUUUCUUGAGAGACAGAACACUAUUCUGAGGAAGCUGUUUCAGUUUUGCCACAUUUAAUUAAAAGUACAGAAAAAUAAAAGCUGUUAUUGUUAAGAAUAAUUCUUUUUGAAAACUGCAUGCAUUAAGUAUUGCUGAUUAUUUAUAUCCAAAACAGAACUUCUUAUUUGUUAAAGUUAAUUAUAGAUCUUGCAUGUUGUCGAGUAUAUCCCCCACAAAAAAACAACAGUUACUUUUUAUUAUUUUUAAGAAAUAAUGCCCCUUGGAUGACAUUUUAUGAAUCUGAAGAAACUAUUUUUCAAUAUCACUGUGGUUGGUGAUCUAUCAGAGAAACCCUAUUUUUAAGGGCAGAAUGCACUCCACUUCCUGAGUAUGCAGGAAACUAAAUAUUAUUAGACACGUAUCAUAACAAAAGCUAAGCUAAGUAAGUCAUCUUUGUGAUUUGCAAAGGUUAUAGCAGGCUUAGUUAAAACCAGCCCUGACAGUGUUCAAAUGUUGAAAAAAUUAAUUUUCCACUCAGCUUAUUUUACUUCCUUUACUCUGAAGCAUUUAUUUUCAGCAGGUAUGUUGACAUUAUCUUUAGUUCUAAUACAUUACUGUCUUCUAUAUCUUGGAUUUUUAAUAUAUUACGAUACGCCUCCCUUAAACUAUAUGAAUCAAGCCUCCUAUAAAUAUCACAUGAAAAUUGCCCUCCUCAUGCCAGGUUAAUGCAUAUGUUGCUAUCCUUUAUAUAAUUUUCAAAAUUAGACCCUUAUCACACCCAGUUACAGUAGAAUCAUUUGUUAACAAAUCCUGUUCAUCAAGAACAUUUUAUCAAACCUGAUUUUUCAAAAUUACACUUGUUCAAAAAUCCUGGUUUCAAAAACUAUUCACUUAUAAGUGCAGACUGGGUGGAAGAUCCUGCCAAACCCUGUGGAUAAAAGACUGCAUCCCCAACCCCUCCAACUAUCUGUAACAACUCUGUGGUCACUGUAUCUCUAGGUAAGUUGUAUGUCAUUGAGGGAGAGACUGAUAAAAUUAAGGAAAACACCCCACUCACUGUUUUUGAAAUUCUGAAGUAGUUUUUGAAAUAAAAUAUGGGCACUUAUUUUACAAGUCAUGAUUUUGAAUGGUUAUUGCUUCCUGUACUGCUAAUAGACAAUGGCAAUUCCUGAAUGCUUUAUCCUGUGUAUAGGUCCCCCCAAAUUAUCUGUGGUAUGAUCCCAGUUAUUCUCAUUAGGGGUAAUAUAUAAUUAUCAACCAUGGGAUGGGUAAGGCCAAUCUCUGACCAAAUGGAAUAAAUUGGCUAGGCUUAAAAUGGCCUACAAGGGCAGCUAGCCUAGUACUUCUCAAUUAACCUAUGAAAUUACCCCUCAAUAGAUUGUUAGAAAAUAGCUGGCCUACUCCAUUUAUACAAACACACAGCCAAAAUAAUGAUUUGUUUCUACGAUAAACUUCUACUGCUGAUUUGUAAUCAAAGACCUUCGUGCACUGAGUUUUCCAUCUUUACAUUUUUGCAUAAUCUUUAUUUUGAGCAGUUUGAAGCAAAGCAGCACUUUACUUUCCAGAUGAUCUACAUAACAUGCUGCUGUAAGUUCUGUUUCAAAGACUUUGUAUAAUUUAUGCAGAAAAUAUGACAAAUUGUAGGUCAUGUUAGAUUUACCUGAGUAUGCGACUACAGACAUUUGGAAAAUUACCCAGCUUUUGGCAUAGAAGGUUAAGGCCCUAACUAUGAUCCCAGUGACUUGAUUAGCUGCUGGAAAAACCAGGUACGGGAGGGUAGGAAUGAUCAAUAAACACCAUGUUGCCUAUGCUGGAGGAGCGACUGGUGAUCUGGUGAGUACUUAUUAAUAACAAUUGACAUGCUUAACAUCAGUGCCAAAUAACUAAAACAAAAUGUCAACUUUCCAGUGAUCAUGCUCAGAGGCAUAACCUCAGAGCAUGCAAAUGUCAACCAAUGUUUUUUGCAAGACCCUCCAUCCUCUUCUAUUUAUGUAUACAGGAGAUCCCACAAUACAGGGAAAAAGACAUAUUUCCCACCCCCAGGGACUGUCGAUCCCACACUCCUGUCGACCAUAUGUUUAUUAACCAAAGUGUGUUGACAGAACAGAUGUUAACUUUAAAGACUUUUGACUCAGACACAUACACACACACACACACAUAUAUAUAUAUAUAUAUAUAUAUAUAUAUAUAUAUACACACACACA